AUUCAUUCGCGAUGUGACCUUCGACGAUCUAAAUAUGCCAGCCUCAAAUUUCAAAGAGUAGUGGUAUUGGCGWCUGUUGCAUAACUCGUAGUGCAUUUGUGUUUUUCAUUAUUUAUUGUGCUUUCCUGCACCUGGAUGUCGCUUGUUUACAUACAAAAUUGAAUCAACUUAAGACAUAUGAGCUUGCAUAAUUUUUACAUCAAAAGUAAUUUUGGUGUAGAGUAAGAUGGGAAACUCUAGCAGUAUUAUGAAGCCAGAAGAGCUCAUUAGGUUCCGAAAGUUAAAUACGUCUUUUGACGAUGUGGACAUACCAGCUCGUCCUCAAAACAGGUCACUUACCGAUAAAAAAGGAUUUGUAAUUUUUGGCAUCUGCGUACUUCUUUUACUUCCCUUUGUUAUCUAUGCAUUAAUUAAAUCAGACUCACGACACCUUGAUUCCGGUUAUGAUGACUGUGGCAACUUUUGUGGAUAUGAAAACGAAAAAAUUGAGGGAAUCUCUUGUUCUGGAAAAGACUAUUCCAUGCAACCAUUUUCAAAUAAGCUCAGAUGUGUUGAUGAAUGUCCCAAAGAAAGUUUCGCAGGAAUUUGCAUCGAGGAAGAAACACAAUUUGAUGACGUUGUGGAGGAGGCCGACACAGGGUCGAUUGUAUGGAGAUUCAUAGUUUCUGUUUUGAUCACAAUAAGUUUGAGUAUUGUAGUACUGGUUCUUCUAAGAUUCGCACCCGCCAUUGUAGUUUGGACUUGUUUAGUUAUUACUAUUCUAGUGCUGCUUGCUAUAACAUUCUUACUCUGGUUCAGAGUUGCUACAGUGAAAGAUUACAACCUGAAUUUCGAAAAGUUCAAUAGAAACGGAGAAAGGUUAGACGUGCAAACAACACUAAUCGCAAUAGCAACAAUAUGGACAAUCAUUGCCUUAAUACUUCUAAUAAUUAUUACAGUUCUUUUUAAGAAAGUUAAAUUGGUAAUACUUUUGUUCCAAGAAGCAACUAAGGCUCUUGCUGCAAUGCCAAUGUUGAUGUUUGUACCAGUAAUCGUGACCAUCGUGCAGUUUGUCAUAAUAGUGCUUUUCAUAGUCACUUCUAUUUACAUUCUUGCUUCCCGACAACUUGUAAAAUGGGAAGAUGGAACCUACCGCUAUGAACUAAAUGGAGUAACAAUAUUCACCUUCGUUUUUAAUCUUCUUGUGCUUAACUACGUUACACGAUUUUUUGCUGGAAUUAAUUUCAUGGUAAUAUCUGGAAGUGUUUCAUCUUGGUUUUUCACCAGGAACAAAGAGUAUUUGGGUUCUCCAAUUCUAACAAGUUUAUCUAACACAUUAAAAUACCAUCUUGGUACUGUGGCGUUUGGAUCUUUUCUUAUGCUCUUAUUUUCUUUCGUGAAGGCGAUUAUUAAACCUCUGUGCAGAAAUUCGUGCUGUAGAUGCUUGUGUAUGAUGUGCUGUACUUAUCUUGAUAUCGUCUUCCAAUUUCUCUCGGAAAAUGCUUACAUAGAAACAAGCAUCCACGGACAGUCUUAUCUUAGAUCGGCAAAAAGGGCCACCAAGUUGCUAUUUAAAAAUGCAAAAAAUGUAAUGGCAAUUAACUGUGUUGGAGAUUUUGUAUUGGGAAUAAUUGUUUUUCUGUUAGCUAUUGUAACAUCGGUAAUAUCCAGUACACUGUUUGCAAGUUCUGGAUCGAUAUUUGUUUAUGCCCCGAUUUGUUUUAUCGUCAAUUUGAUAAUUGUUGCCAUCAUUUUUGGAGUAGUUCAGAUUACAAUAGAUACUCUAUUUAUUUGUUUCUGUGAAGAUUCGGUUAUUAAUGAUGGAAUUUCAAGACCGUUUUACAUGACAAGAGGCCUUAUGGAGUUUGUUGAAAACUCGAAGAAACUGUAUGGCGAAAAAUAUUAAUUAUAUAAAUAUAUUAAUAUUUAGCACUUCACUAUAAAUUAUUUUUUUUAUAAAAGCGUCACAAGGUUUAUAUUUUUUUGCAGUUGUGUCCAUAAGUCUACACAUUUUUAAUGUAUGUAUAUUAAUAUGUAUUAAAACAUAUUGGUCAUAUAUUAACGUUUGUAUAAUAAAAUUGUAAUGUAAUAUGCUAAGGUAGGUAUACUACUUACAGUAGCAUCUCGUUUACCUGAAAGCCUAUAUCUUCUUACGGGUAUAAUCCGGAAUAAAAUAUGUAUUUUUUUGUUUA